UUGACUGCAAAUUUUUGUCUCAUUUUUAAAGUUUCACAUAGAUUGAGUAUCACCUUAAUUUGCUGCAAGAUGAUAAUAAAGAUUUGUAAUUUAUCUUUUGAACUGAACAGUAGCCCAUCCCACAACAUACUUCCUAACAUAAAUAACAGAAUACUGGUCAGAUUAAGAAAAUGGAAUACUAUCAGAAGUACUUCUUCAAGAAUUUUUCUCUCAUAUUGGUGUCUGAAUUCAAGAGUAUCAAUGUUGACAUAUAAUACUUUAAAAAAAAUUCUGUAAACCCCAAGCAAAGUUACAGUAAUAAAUAAUAAAUAUUGUUGUGCCUUCUUCAGGAAAUUGUACCUGGGGAAUGAAUUGUCGCUUUAUCCACCCUGGAGUCAAUGACAAAGGAAACUAUUCCCUCAUCAGUAAGCCAGACCUCUUCUCACCUAAUGGGGCACCUCCUGGAGGACCACACCCACUCAUACCCAAUAAUCCUUGGGCUGCUCCUGCUGUGGAGGAACUGCCUCCACCACCACCUCCAGUGGAACCUCCUGUGGAGAGUGCCUGGGAGAGAGGACUGCGCCAUGCUAAAGAGGUGCUGAAGAAGGCCACCAUUCGUAAGGAGCAGGAGCCUGACUUUGAGGAGAAACGGUUUAAUGUGACGAUUGGAGAGGAUGAGAGAGAGUUUGACAAAGAAAAUGAUUUCUUCAGAGAACGCAGCUACCGUGUUAUCAGAGAUGAAAUGGACUUCAGAGAUCCCAUAUAUGGAGAUCCAUAUGCUGACCCAUACUAUGACUAUGAAAUGGAAGCCCUGUGGCGAGGUGGUCAAUAUGAAAAUUUUAGAGUGCAGUACACUGAAGCUCCUCUUCCUUAUCACUACAGUCAGGAGCGUGAACGCGAUCGCGACCCUCGGGAGCGGAACCGUGAUCGAGAGAGGGAACGAGACCAUCGCGAGAGGGAGAGGCGCCAGCGAGAAAGGGAGCGGGAGAGAGAAAGGGAGCGCGAGAAGGAGAGGAUGCGGCGGAAAGAAGAAUGGGAGCGGGACCGGAUGAAGCGAGAUGAGAAGGAAAGGCCAAGGAUGCGUCCUCCUCGAGACACCAGGGAGAAGAAAGAUGAGGACAAACUGAAACCACGCUCUCCAAUCAGCCUUCCUCCGAACAGGCCGAUUGAGCCCCCAUCAAAGAAGGAGGUUGUUCCAAUCAUGAGACGACCAGAUGAGUGGAAGGACCCAUGGCGACGGUCCAAAUCCCCCAGGAGACGUCCGGCACCGGGCUCGCCCCCACGGGGCCGCCGGCAUCAUCGACCAUCAGGCUCUUCAAUCUCUGUGUCCAACUCCUCUAGGUCCUCGUCCCGCUCUUCAUCAUAUACAGGCUCCGGAUCGUCCCGUUCCCGCAGCCGUUCUUCCUCAUUCAGCUCCUACUCCAGCCACUCGUCCCAACGCAGCUCCUUCAGCGGCAGCCACUCUAGGUCUCAGUCUUUCUCCACAUCUCCCUCACCAAGUCCAGCAGCACUGAGGAACGCUAAGAACAAAGCAGACCUUCAGCCUGUUGUAGCCAAAGGCAUACCACUGAAGCAGGAUGCCAUGCCCCCUCCUCGCAGGGACAGGCCUCCCAUGAAAAAAGCUUCCAGCCCUUCUAUGCCUUCCGGACUGCAGUCCAGACCAUCCAAACCCUUGCCAGAUGGAGGAAAGCCUCCUAACAAUCCACGAGAUGCUGGAGGUGCAGGAGCUGGUGGAGCAGUCAAACCCCUGCCACCCAGGGAACCUGGAAAACCUGUCAACUUGAGGGAAGGCAGGCGGAAGGAGCGACAGCAGCAUCCUCCUCGAAGGAGAACUAUGAGUGGGAGUAUUAGUGAAAGUGGUAGCAGUUAUACUGGUUCCAGCUCCAGAUCUAGAUCCUCAUCCAACACCCUCUCAAGAUCACACUCUGGAUCCAGGAAAUCCAGAAAAUCCAGAUCACUUAGUGUGAGCAGCGUGUCGUCUGUGUCAUCAGCGUCAUCCAGCAGCAGCUCUGUACGCAGUGCAGACUCAGAUGACAUGUAUGCCGACCUGGCCAGCCCAGUAUCCUCUGCCAGCUCACGCUCACCCACACCAAAUCACCCUCGCAAGGAGCGAGGGCCUCCACGCGAUCGGUCCCCACAUGGAAGAGACAAGAAUAGGGAAAGACCAUCGAAAAAGGAUGAACCCUUCAGAGAAGAUCGAAGAAAGAUUGACCAGUCUGGUCCCCCACCCAGAGAAGGAAAUCCCUUGCCCAGAGCAGGGCCUGGUAACAGGGGGGGGCACCCAGUACAUCCUCCACCUGGCACCAUGGGCCCCCCUGGAAACUAUGGCAGUUCAAGUUCCCACAGAGACAUCAAGCUCACCCUCCUUAACAAGCAGCAGGGAGACAAAGGCAACAGGAAGCGGUACCUGCCUGGAGACAAAGACAGGCCAGGUUCCCCCCUCAACAAAAGAAUGGCUAUGUCUCCAGACAAAGGCCGCGAUAAGAGGAUACCUGGCCGACUCCCACUUUCUCCUCGAAUAGAUCGACCCAGAGGGCGACCCAUGCCCCCACAGGGAGACAGAAAACGUCCUCUGUCUCCACCUCCCAAAUCAUCUGGGAAAAGCCCAGCAGCUCCAUCGGCCAAGCUGGUCACACCGAGUCCAGCAUCGGGUGCCGGAUCGGGUUCUAGCAAACCCAGCAACACGCUGUCCCGGCGCGAGGAGCUUCUGAAACAGCUGAAGGCUGUGGAAGAUGCCAUCGCCCGUAAACGAGCAAAGAUUCCUGCCAAAUAAAUGGCAGCACAGCCCUAACCUGUUCAUCCACAUGCAAAGUCUGCCUGGGCAACCAUGAGAGUCACAGGGUGGACUGUUUUUUGUUUUGUUUUUUCUCAAAUCUCCAAUGGACAUGUAAAAAUGUUGUAUGGUUUGGUUAUAAAGGCUGUUGUGUGAGUGAACAGGAAGUAAUUGCCACAAAAACCACCUUGGGCUUGAUGGGCUCUGCUUCAUUUUUCGAACAUUGAUCACUUCCAUGUUUCCGAGUUUGCUCCCGUUAAAAUCCUUUUAAUGUCUCAGCCACAUAUUACCUCACAAAUAGAAGAGGUCAUCUGGGCAUUUGGCAAGGAAAGGGACGUCUCAGGAAUGGAGUGCAAUAUGUUUAGACUUCAUAAUGCAGAGACAGGAUAGUAAAGGGGUACUGUGUUUACCUGCUGCUCACUUUGUUCCCUCACUAGAAUGGAAGCAUUUUCCUCAUGGUGUGGUGAAUAAUAGAUCUAUGAACACUGAGCCGUUUCUAUCUCUUUUACUGUCUUGUUCUUGCAUUUUUUUCUCCUUUUUCCUGUAUGUGCAGUGGUGUGACUGUUGGCUCAGCUCUACAGGGUACCAACAGCCCACAGGACCUCAGAGCGUUUCUUUGUACAAAUCUCCAAGUUCACAAGCAUCCAUACUCGGCCCAGCUCCCUCUUUAACCAAUGCCUCGCCUCCUUGCUGUGUUUUAGGAUAGUGGUCAUUUUCACAGCUCAGAACCUUUCAAGCAUAUCAUUAUAAACCACAUUGAUGUGAAGUACUGCUUUUUAAAAAAUUCCAACGUUUUGUUUUCUUAGCUCUUAAGUGAUAAAACAAUGUUUUCUGUCACAUUUUUUGUUGGAGGAGUCUGAGGUGGAAUGGGAACAUUUAGAGACAACGUAUGUCUUGCUUUUGUGAGAAAAGCCUCUAAAUAAACUAUUUUGAUAAGACAA